GUUUAGUCCUCCGGUGAAAUGGAUCUGACAAGCUAACACUGACAGCUACGACGGUGACCGCUCCUCAGUGACCUUGGACCAGUCUACAAGAAGACAAAGCCAUGGGGAACACAAGCAGUGAGAGGGCUGCAAUGGGCCAUGGGGAGAAGGCUCAGCGGAGGGACAGCAGGGGUAUCAAGGAAGGAGAGAGGCCAAAAAUCCUGAUGGACAGCCCCGAGGAUGCAGAUAUUUUCCAUGGUGAAGACAUGAAAGCUCCUUUAGAGAAAGAGGAGUUCCUCGCAUGGCAGCAAGAUUUAGAAGCAGAUGACAAAGCGCCUACUUUAGACCGGCCAACAGUGUUUCGCUGGAUUGGAGAUGGGAAGGAGGUCUAUCUCUCUGGAUCCUUCAACAACUGGGCCAACAAGAUUCCUCUGAUUAGAAGUCAGAACACCUUUGUGGCCAUCGUUGAUCUACCUGAAGGGGAGCAUCAGUACAAGUUUUACGUGGACGGCCAGUGGACCCACGACCCAGCUGAGCCUGUUGUAACCAGUCAGCUCGGUACAGUCAACAAUAUCAUCCAGGUGAAGAAAACAGACUUUGAGGUGUUUGAUGCUCUGAUGGUGGACUCACAGAAGUGCUCUGAUAUGUCAGACCUCUCCAGCUCUCCUCCCGGGCCGUAUCAUCAGGACGCCUAUAUUCCCAAACAAGAGGAGAAGUUUAAGUCUCCACCCAUACUCCCACCUCACCUGCUGCAAGUCAUCCUCAACAAAGACACUGGAAUUUCUUGUGACCCUGCAUUGCUCCCAGAACCCAACCACGUCAUGCUCAACCAUCUCUACGCUCUCUCCAUUAAGGAUGGAGUGAUGGUGCUCAGUGCGACGCAUCGCUACAAGAAGAAGUAUGUCACCACUUUACUAUAUAAGCCCAUCUGAUGGAAGAUUGUCUUCUUAAGUCACAGUAUGUUAACUGUACACUGAGUGUACAAAAUAUUCAUAUGUUCUUUCAAUUAAGUAGAGAGAUCUGGUGAAUCUGGGACAGAUUGCUCACAGGCUUCACCUGUUAAAUCCAUAUCUUGACUUAGAAGAAGCAGCUCUGAAUGAGAUGAAGGAAACACAUUAAGGAUUUAAGAAAAAAAAAAGAUUUACAUGUUUUUUUUGUAACUGUAAACUCUAAACGACUAAAACGUUCUAAACUAAAACAGGUCAGUAAUUUCUACUGCUAUAUCUUGUACACUCAUUGUAUAUCCAGUUAUUGAACACAUCUGUCUAGGGUGAUAAAUGUCACUCAUUGUCACUCAUGCCAAUCCUACAUAAUCUGCCUUUAUUUGAUCACUGACUGCCCUCAGUAGCUUUCAACAACAGCUUAUUUGCUUAUUAGAUGUAGAGAGGCAAUAAUAACCAGAUAGGACACCAUGUUUAUAAUCAACAACAAGGAUUGGUAACGCUGUGAAAAUCUGACUAAAAGACUUCAGAUACACAAGGUUGCUGUUGUCUUUGCAUCGUUGAGAAGACAACAGCGGUACAAUCAAGAAGAAUGUUAUUGUCAAGAUCAAAGAUGGAAAAAUAUGCACUGCAGUAGCUCUCCACUGUUGUUACUUUUGUUUUGCCUGUUUGUCUUGAAAUUGUUGAGUUUUAUUUAGUGAUGAUCACACAGCGCACAGUAGAUAUUUUUCUAUGGUUUGUGAAGUAUUCUGUAAUAUAUAUUAUAUAUUUUUUACUUUGGUUGAUGAUGUGGUUUGUUUUGUCGUCAAGAACUCUCUUUCUUUAGUUAUUUACAGUGUUAUGUCCAGGGCAUUCCAGUCAAAACUUAGUACGAGCAUAUUAGUUUAUUACGAGAUGUAGUUCAGACCAAAACAGCAAUUCAUUAUUUUUUGUGAAGAGAGUUUGAUCUAAACUUUUAAAAAAUAGUUUUGCACUACAAUGAUAAACAUUUAUUUUUAAUGCAGAAGGUGUAUGGAGUGAAUUCUGUACACUUAACACAGCAUGACAAUGUAUCAGUGGAAUAUUGUGCAACUUUUAAAAAAAUCUAAUAUUAAUAUCUAAUCACUCAGAUCCACAACUGGCAUAAUAAUUUUCCUUUUCCCAUACAGUGUGAAUACAUUCUAAAAACACCUGAUAUUGUUGUUCCCUGCAGACUGUGACCAUAUGACAGCAUUUGCUAAUUUUUAGGAUUAUUAUUUUCUAUGAAGUUUCAGAUCAGCUCAUGCUUGAUAGAUAAAAGGCAUAGGAAACAAAACGUUGAUGAUAUGUAAUGCAUGUCCUGAACAAGGGGAAGAAAAGGAAGUCAUGUGGCCAACACAUCAAAAUGGAUGAAAGGACCAGCACACGAUAAUGACUGGUUCAGUCUGUACUUCUAAUGGUCUGUGUAUUUCAUGAUCUCUGAAACACUCGACUGUGUUUUAAGUUCAAGGUAUCACGUGCAGCAUCUAUUUACAUCAUUGUCAUAUCCUGACGCAGAUGUAUAAUUGCCAUAAAACAAAUUAGACUAGACCAUUAUUUUUCUGGUAUGCUGUAGGCCAGUAGAAGCUGACAAUCCCCUCAUCAGUAGAGGUCUCAUUUGUUUGUGGAGAACCUGCAGCUUGAGCAUGUCUUGCUGCCUUCUCAAAUCAGACAUGUUAAUGAUUUAUUGACGUUAAGAUGCAACAUAUUCAAAUAAAUUGCAGUAUCAUUAAAAAUGUUGUUGACCCUUUGUACGACACCAGUGUGUAUGUUUCCAGUGUGAGACGUUUCUAUUAAAGAUCAAAUUACAAAU